UAACCGCCGAUUUGUGGAUCCGUUUCAUAUAAUACAGGAGAGAGACAAUCGCCGCCGGAGUCACACCCGGAAGACGUUUGGCCGCAAAGAUCUGUUGACAACAAAACACAUCACCCGAAGAGGUUAGAAAUCCAUGUAAGGACUGGACAUAUGUUUACGCCACUAAACCCUGUAUUCAAGUGAUUGUGUCUUAAAUGUAAAUUGUGGUCAAAAAGUCUGUGAGUGAAUGUUGGAUGUGAUCAACAAUUACGAGAUAAUGGGCGGAAGAACUCUUAAGAGAUAUAUUCUGAUGGGACUGUUAUGUGUGGUCACAAUAGCACUCAUAUAUCAAUUCAGUUCUCCUACUUGUUUCUCAUCCCAUUCCCCACAAAACCAAUGGAUAUCACCCGAGCGAUUUGUAAUGAGUAAAGACGAACAAACCGGCGAAACACAUAAGUUUGUAUACAAUCGAUAUAUGCCUCUCAUAUUCAUCGGAGGAAUGCCUAGAAGUGGUACCACUUUAUUGAGGGUUCUUCUCGACGCCCACCCGGACAUCAGGUGCGGCGAAGAGACCCGAGUUAUACCUCGACUCCUGGGGUUUCGUCAGUCUUGGCUCAAAGCGCCGUUUGAAUCGCGCAGACUAUCAGAGGCCGGCAUUACCGCCGAAGUGCUCGACCAGGCCGUCGGCGCCUUCAUACUAGAGAUAAUCGCAAAGCACGGAACGCCUGCCCCCAGGCUCUGCAAUAAAGAUCCGUUUACUCUGCGAUCGGCCGUCUAUUUGCGGUAUUUGUUUCCGAACUCGAAGUUUAUUUUUAUGAUAAGAGACGGCCGGGCGGUCGUCCACUCCAUCAUCAGUCGUAAAGUCACUAUUUCUGGCUUUGAUUUAAAAGAUUUCCGGCAAUGCCUUAAGAAGUGGAACGCAGCCAUGUCUGCGAUGGUAUGUAUUGUAAUGUAUGUUAUCUCGUAUCUGAUCCAUGGCUUAACUCUAUGUAUGUGUGAACAGCACUACCAAUGCCAACAGUUGGGAACCGGUGUCUGUCUUCCCGUACAUUACGAACAGUUAGUACUUCAGCCCAAAGUGUGGUUAGAGAAGAUCCUAAGCUUUCUGUCGGUUCCCUGGAAUGAGUCAGUCCUUAACUCCAUCAUCAGUCGUAAAAUCAUUAUUCCUGAGUAUGAUUUAAAAGAUUUCCGGAUGUGUGAACAGCACUCCCAAUGCCAACAGUUGGGAACCGGUGUCUGUCUUCCCGUACAUUACGAACAGUUAGUACUUCAGCCCAAAGUGUGGUUAGAGAAGAUCCUAAGCUUUCUGUCGGUUCCCUGGAAUGAGUCAGUCCUUCAUCACGAAGAACUCGUCAACAAGAAGAACGGAAUCUCUUUAUCGAAGUAUUUACUGGAGCGAUCGACCGAUCAGGUGAUAAAACCCAUCAACAUAGAGGCGCUACUGGAGCGAUCGACCGAUCAGGUGAUAAAACCCAUCAACAUAGAGGCGCUGUCCAAAUGGGUCGGACAGAUGCCCGACGAUGUGGUCAAAGACAUGAGUGAAAUCGCGCCGAUGCUGGCGAUGUUGGGCUACGACCCCAACGCCAACCCUCCCAACUAUGGCACGGCUGACGCGUUAGUUCAGGAAAACAUGAAACACUUGGAGAAGUAUAAGGAGGACUGGUAUGCAAAGCAAAAGGAAAUGAUGUCUAUUAGGGAAUCGAUUCGGAGUUCUCUCGUUAAACAAAAAGCUAAUAAUAAUAACAUUGACAACAAUGUUGUGGAUGUCAUCCAUCAAAGUAAUGAUGAUUUGGACAAAACGGUGGGUCCCCUCCAAAGUAUUACAUGAUUUGGAGUCAACUAUAUUUGUGGAGAAAUACUAAUAAAUUAAGUGAACACUAGAGUUGUGCACAAAUUCAAUGAAAAGCUAUUUCUAAAACAUUUCCAAAGCAUUGGUUUUUCUGUGUGUGUGAAUAGUUUAUGUGAUACCGAUUUCAAGACUAAUUUGUGAUAUAAACCAAAUAUAAACUGAAACUUUUUUAAAGCGAAAAACAGCUAUUUUUUAACCACAAUUCACGGAAUGGACGGAUAAUAAUAGGCUGAGAGCACAGCCUUUAGUGCAAACAGUUAUCUCAAACUUGAAGGCAUAUCUUGAAUGUGAUUCAUAUGUUUUGUGCCAUACUUUGUGCUCAUUUUCUACUCAUUUCAUUAUUCCUCAGUUUUUAAUGUAAUUUUAAGAAUGAUUUAUAAUUGAUUUUUUAUUAAUAUA